AUGACAAGAGCACAUUCCGUUCAUGUUUUGGGUGCAGGUAGUAUGGGUGUUUUGGUAGCUUCAGAACUUUCAAAGUUACCAAACGGUCCUAGUAUAACACUAUUGUUAAGAAAUACAGCUAAAGUUGAACAUUUCAAAAAUGUCAACAAAUCCACUGUUCAUGUUCAAAGAUUAUUCAAAUCUCCAGUGGAGAAAGCUGCCUACCAAUUUCCAGCAGCUUCAGCUAAUGAGAUCAAUGAAACCAUAGAAAAUUUAAUCAUCACCACCAAGACAUACCAAACUGAAGCAGCCUUAAAAGAUUACUUACCAUAUUUGAAACCAACUUCAAAUAUUUUACUUAUCCAAAAUGGAUUAGGUGUUGCUGAUCAACUAUACGAAAAUGUAUGGCCAGAUGUUAAUCAAAGACCAAAUAUAUACCAGGGUGUUAUUUCUCAUGGUGGGUUUAUUGAAUCAAAUACCGGUGAUGAAUAUGUGUUUUCCCAUGCUGGGUUUGGUGAUUUGAAAUUGGCUAAAUUCCCAAGAGACACUUCUAUAACAGAGGAAGAAAGGUAUGAUAAACCAGAGUUCAUUAAGAAUCUUGAAGAUGCUGAAGGAUUAGCAACUACAACUUUGAGCUAUAGUGGAUUGUUAUUGAUUCAAAUCAAAAAGUUUGCUGUUAACGCAUGUAUCAACCCGGUAACUGCUAUUGUUAACUGUAUUAAUGGUGAAUUGAAGUCUGCUGAUAACUUGAGAGAUCUUUUCAACGAUAUCAUCAGUGAAGCUAUUGAUGUUUUAGUUGCAACCAAUCCAUUAUUAAGAAAGAAUCCAAAUACUGAAAAGAUUUUAAAUAAAAAGGAUUUAUUAGACUAUGUUGUGGUAUGUGGUACUGAGUGGAAUGCCAACAACUCUUCAUCAAUGAGACAAGAUACUUUAAAUGAUAGAGAUACUGAAAUCGAAUACAUUAAUGGAUUUAUUGUCAAAGUCGCCGAAGCUAACGGGUUGAAAGCCGAUGUCAACAAGACCAUUGCGAACCUGGUGAAGCUCAGAACAGCAUUGAAUAGAUCAAAAGCCAAUAAAUAA